AGUGCUGAUCAAACUAAACUGUCGAAAGUAUGCAAUCGUGCUCAGCUCAUACCGACGCAGUAGGUAUUUGUUUUGAAACUACAUAUAGCUCGGCCUCGCAAAAUAACUCCAAAACAAAACCGUCUUAUCAGCUGUGUAGUUAGCUCGCAUUUAAUGCCUCGACGGCAUCGCUGACAGCCCCGAAAAAUUAAUUUGUACAUUGAUAACCUGCUGUCUGUCAAGCAGCAUCCCAAUUCCGUGCAUGUUAGGUACACGGUUGAGGUCAAAAAUGUCACUCAAAUUCUGUGCCAAUUUGAACUUUAUGUUCACUGAAAGUAGCGAUUUUCUGGACCGGUACCGGCUAGCUAAGCAGGCUGGUUUCACUGGAGUUGAAGGGGUCUUUCCACCUGAUCACGUAAGUAUUACCGAUUUGACAGGUGUGUGCAAGGAAACCGGUUUGGAGCAGAUUCUGAUGAACAUUGCGACAGGUGAUGUUCCUGGCGGUCAGUUUGGAUGCGCUGCCUUCCCGGAACAUGUUGACAGUUUCAGGACUAAUCUUGAACGGACAAUCGAGUAUGCCAAGGCUGUGAAUUGUAAAAAAAUCCACGUAAUGGCAGGUAAGUUGGCCGGACCAGCUACCGCACAACACGACACCACCUACCUCAAAAACCUAAGAACGGCAGCGUCCCUUCUGGAGAAAAACAACAUUCUCGGUGUAAUCGAACCCAUCAACAAAUAUUCCGUCCCCGGAUACUACCUUGCCUGUUACGAGAAAGCAAUUCGCAUCUUGAAAGAAGUGAACAGCCCCAAUUUGAAGCUGAUGUUCGAUAUCUUUCACGCUCAACACAUACGUGGCGAUAUAUCCAGUGCCAUCAAAACGUUCGCUCCGUACAUUGGCCACGUUCAGUUAGCACAGGUUCCCAAUCGCAACGAGCCUGACACCGAAGGGGAACUCAACUAUCGAUACGUUCUCCAAAUGCUGGAAAGCAGCGGAUACACCGACUGGGUUGGUUGUGAGUACAAACCGAAAACUGCCACCGUUGAAGGACUCGGUUGGUUGCGUGACUUUGGCUACUGGAGCCAAUGAACACACAGUACAUGUAGGUAUCGUGACAGUGACAUUCAGCUGGCGACCACGGUCGUUAGUGUUUAACUAAACUGCGUUCAUUUUUAAUGAAGGUAAAUACAAAUUGUUGGCAAAUUGACUAAAA